CUCAGACGGCCCCGCAGGUGAAGAAGGACGAGGCCCUCUGCACCGGACUCCAGGCUCCAGGCGGCGGGCGGCGGGCGAGCGAGCGAGCGAGGGGCCCUCGGUUCCCCGCGGUCUCCGCAUGCGGCCGUGAAGCGUGAGGGGCGAGCGGGCGCAGCGAGCGACGAGAGAGGUAGAGGAGGAUGGAUGGGCUGAUGGCGAACCCCACCCUCGUCACGCUCUUUGCAGACGACGACGUCUCAAAGGAGAGCACCGACCUCGCAGUCGACGCCUCGUUGCCGGCCGGGGAGGGCGCGUUUGCAGGCAACGUCUCCCAGGCGCUGGCGAGCCCCGAGUUUGCGGAGGACGUGUCCCACGCGCAGCUCCCGCAGAACGAGUCUCCGCACGGCGGCGAGGCCACGGAGCCGCGCGCCGAGGAGGAGCCGCAGCAGCGCGUGGUGAAGAAGGGCGGCUGGCCCAAGGGGAAGAAGCGCAAGAAGACGGGACGCGACACUAACGCCCCGCGGGCGCCGCUCACGGGCUACGUGCGCUUCCUGAACGAGCGGCGGGAGCAGGUGCGCGCCGAGAACCCCGAGGUCUCCUUCCCCGAGAUCACGAGAAUGCUCGGCAACGAGUGGAGCAAGUUGCCCGCGCAGGAGAAGCAGAGGUACUUGGACGAGGCGGACAAGGACAAGGAGCGAUACAUGAAGGAGCUGGAGAAGUACCAGCAGACGGAGUCCUACAAGAUCUUCAACCGCAAGACGCACGAGAAGAAGCAGAAAAAAGAGGAACCUUGUUCUGUUAAUGGCUCGUCAAAUGAGAACGAAGACGAAUCGAGAGACAAGCUGUCGGUAUUUGACAUACCGAUUUUCACGGAAGAAUUUCUCGACCACAACAAAGCGCGGGAGGCAGAGCUGCGGCAGCUGCGCAAGACGAACACGGAGUACGAGGAGCAGAACGCGAUCCUGCAGAAGCACAUUGAGAACAUGCGCGCCGCCGUGGAGCGGCUGGAGCGCGACGUGAACGCGGAGCGCGUGCACAACCUGGCGCUGCACCAGCAUCUGGAGGCGCUGCGGCACGCGCUCACCAACGGCUUCUCCGCCGUGCCGCUGCCCGGCUCUGGCGAGACGCCGACGCUGGAGACGAUCGACUCGUACAUGACGAAGCUGCACAACAUCAUCCUGGCGAGCCCGCAGGAGAACGAGGGCCUCCUGGCCACGGUGCGCGACGUGGUGUCCCGCCUUGACAGUGACAAGCUUUGAAAUGCAAGGGACGCUCCGACGGGCUUUUGGGGAGGGAAGAAAAGAAAGUCACAUGCUGGGUUUUCCAUGAAGCGCUCUCAUCGUGAUCUUUGAAGAGAAAGGAUGCAUUCUGGAUAUAUGUAUAAAAAUACACAACGGAAAAAUGAGAACAAAAAAAUGGCAACGGCUUAAACAAAAAAGAAAUGCUGACAGCUGCGACGACGUAUUUGCCCGUUGGCGGAAGUCGACGAUGAAAUAUCAAUGGAAUUUUCCACGGAGGACUUUUCACGGCAAAAAAAAAUAAUGUCUCGGAGAAACACCGUCGGCUCGGUCCGCUGAAGAAUUUUCGUCCGAUGACACUGGUCAACACACUUUUUCUGGCAAAAGGUAUUCCAACGGUUUGAAGGUAAUUUUGGGGUGCUGAUUCCAAAUCUGGCAUUAGUUUUUGUCUAUAACAUCAGGUUUUUGAGAUAUCAAAUAUUGCAUUUUCAAUAAAAACUGCAGAAGAAAAAUAUUAAAUAAAUGUGGAUAUCUACAUAAAAUGAUAUUAUAAACACACUAUCCUAAAAAUACAGCACCAUAUUUUAACACUAAAGCAGUCACUGACUCGCAACAACUUGCAAUCAUAAGUGACAGAGUUAAUUUCGGGUAAAAUCAAUGAAAAUGGGGUAUGCCGAUAGCAUAAAAAUGAGAUGCGAUAGAGCAAAUCUGAGAUCAGAUUUGGAAUCAGCACCCUGAAAUUAGUCUAAAACAGCUGCAAAAGUCCAGGCCAGAAAUUUUUUUUUUCGUUGACCAGUGUUAUUAGAAUCCUUGGCUUGGGGCCCGUUACCAGAGCGUGAUACUGCUGCAUCUCAUCGCAAAGCACCGCGCUCCUUGCAGCCAAUGCAGACCCAGUCGAGUCUUAAUGCAGAAGCCCCCUCGUCUGAUCCAAAGCAGCACUUGUGGUCAUCCGAUACAGAACCCCCUCACCCUGUCCCACACAGAACCCCCUCGCCCUGUCCCAUACAGAACCCCCUCACCCUGUCCCAUACAGAACCCCCUCACCCUGUCCCAUACAGAACCCCCUCACCCUGUCCCACACAGAACCCCCUCACCCUGUCCCAUACAGAACCCCCUCUCCUUGUCCCACACAGAACCCCCUCGUCCUGUCCCACACAGAACCCCCUCACCCUGUCCCACACAGAACCCCCUCACCCUGUCCCAUACAGAACCCCCUCACCCUGUCCCACACAGAACCCCCUCACCCUGUCCCACACAGAACCCCCUCCCCCUGUCCCAUACAGAACCCCCUCACCCUGUCCCACACAGAACCCCCUCGCCCUGUCCCACACAGAACCCCCUCACCCUGUCCCACACAGAACCCCCUCACCCUGUCUCACACAGAACCCCCUCUCCCUGUCCCACACAGAACCCCCUCACCCUGUCCCACACAGAACACCCUCGCCCUGUCCCACACAGAACCCCCUCACCCUGUCCCACACAGAACCCCUCGUCCUGUCCCAUACAGAACCCCCUCACCCUGUCCCACACAGAACCCCCUCACCCUGUCCCAUACAGAACGCCCUCUCCCUGUCCCACACAGAACCCCCUCACCCUGUCCCACACAGAACACCCUCACCCUGUCCCACACAGAACCCCCUCGUCCUGUCCCACACAGAACCCCCUCACCCUGUCCCACACAGAACCCCCUCGCCCUGUCCCAUACAGAACCCCCUCACCCUGUCCCACACAGAACCCCCUCGUCCUGUCCCAUACAGAACCCCCUCACCCUGUCCCACACAGAACCCCCUCACCCUGUCCCAUACAGAACGCCCUCUCCCUGUCCCACACAGAACCCCCUCACCCUGUCCCACACAGAACACCCUCACCCUGUCCCACACAGAACCCCCUCACCCUGUCCCACACAGAACCCCCUCGUCCUGUCCCACACAGAACCCCCUCACCUUGUCCCACACAGAACCCCCUCACCCUGUCCCAUACAGAACCCCCUCUCCCUGUCCCACACAGAACCCCCUCGUCCUGUCCCACACAGAACCCCCUCGUCCUGUCCCACACAGAACCCCCUCACCCUGUCCCACACAGAACCCCCUCACCCUGUCCCAUACAGAACGCCCUCUCCCUGUCCCACACAGAACCCCCUCACCCUGUCCCACACAGAACACCCUCGCCCUGUCCCACACAGAACCCCCUCACCCUGUCCCACACAGAACCCCCUCGUCCUGUCCCACACAGAACCCCCCUUACCCUGUCCCACACAGAACCCCCUCACCCUGUCCCAUACAGAACCCCCUCUCCCUGUCCCACACAGAACCCCCUCGUCCUGUCCCACACAGAACCCCUCACCCUGUCCCACACAGAACCCCCUCACCCUGUCCCAUACAGAACCCCCUCACCCUGUCCCACACAGAACCCCCUCACCCUGUCCCACACAGAACCCCCUCACCCUGUCCCACACAGAACCCCCUCACCCUGUCCCACACAGAACCCCCUCGCCCUGUCCCACACAGAACCCCCUCUCCCUGUCCCACACAGAACCCCCUGUCCCAUACAGAACCCCCUCACCCUGUCCCACACAGAACCCCCGUUUAAUCUGAUGCAGAGCCCUCGUCUCACUUGGGUGCCUUAGUUUGUUGGCUCACCACUGGCCACUUCCGAGCCAAACCAGCGUGGCAGGGGGGGGGGCGGGUGGCGCCCCACUCCCCUCUGCUCCCCCCCCCCCCCACAGUACAGGUGGGGGGGGGGGCAGGUGGCGCCCCACUCCCCUCUGCUCCCACCCCCCCCACGGUACAGGUGGGGGGGGGUUUCCGCUUGGCUAUUUUUGACGCCCACCAAGCCGGAAACGAACCGGGGCCACGGUUGGUUCUCGCAAGAAGCCGCCUGGAUCUUUGUUGGAGCGGAGAGCCGGUGACGACGCGUUCAUCGUGCGUGGUGCUGGUCGGUCGGUUGAUUGGUCGAUCGGUCUGUCGAUCGGUCGAUUGGUUUGUCCAUCGGUCGGUCUGUCCAUCGAUCGGUCGGUCGAUUGGUUUGUCCAUCGAUCGGUCUGUCCAUCGAUCGGUCGGUCGAUUGGUUUGUCCAUCGAUCGGUCGAUUGGUCUGUCCAUCGAUCGGGUGAUUGGUCUGUCCAUCGGUCGGUCGGUCGAUCGGUCGGUUGGUCUGUCCAUCGAUCAGUCGAUUGGUCUGUCCAUUGAUCGGUCUGUCCAUCGAUCGGUCGGUUGGUCUGUCCAUCGAUCGGGUGAUUGGUCUGUCCAUCGGUCGGUCGGUCGAUCGGUCGGUUGGUCUGUCCAUCGAUCGGUCGGUUGGUCUGUCCAUCGAUCGGUCGGUUGGUCUGUCCAUCGAUCAGUCGAUCGGUCUGUCCAUCGAUCGGUCUGUCCAUCAGUCGGUUGGUCUGUCCAUCGAUCAGUCGAUUGGUCUGUCCAUCGAUCGGGCGAUUGGUCUGUCCAUCGGUCGGUCGAUCGAUCGGUCGGUUGGUCUGUCCAUCGAUCAGUCGAUCGGUCAGUCCAUCGGCCGGUCAGUCGGUCUGUCCGUCGGUCGAUCGGUCUGUCGAUUGAUCAUUUGGUCGUCCAGCCGGCUGGUUUGUUCGAUCGAUCGGUCUGUCGAUUGAUCAUUUGGUCGUCCAGCCGGCUGGUUUGUUCGAUCGGUCGGUCAGUCGAUUGAUCGGUCGAUGGGUCGGUUGGCUUGUUCGGUCGAUCGGUCGGUGGGGGCGCCGCGAGGACACGGCGUGGCGCGUGCGCGACGUCGUUGGCAGUGCCCAGCGCCACUUUUCGGAACUUCCGGUGCACCGUGCAGCGGCCAGAAUUGCCCAACCCCCUGCCCCCCCCCCCCCCCCCCCCCCAACGGCCAUGGCUCGCUCGCUUUAAAAGUGUAAAAUAACGAAGUAUUCGGAUGCCGGCCACUCGUCACCAAACCCAUCGUAGCCCUACACAAUCGACUUGUUUGUUCGUCGUCAACGGGGUUAGCUGGUCCUGGCACCGGUGAUGUUGGACUCCAGCCGUGUCCUCUUGAACCACCUGGCCACCGCUAACGCAGAGGAGCAGCUGCUUGGACCUGCUAUGAAGGGGGUUCAUUUCUCUUUCUUAGUUCAUUUUUUUUAAUCUCGGAAAGGCUUUUUUUUUUGUAACAGUGUUGUCGCGUGGAUGGUUUUAAUUACAAUUGUUUCUUCAUAACUGUUGGCGUCUCGUUUUUUUUUAUCGGAGAUAUUACAUAAUUUGUACAUUUUAUUUCGGCGAGUGGCUUUUGAUCGACGGCUUCUGUCAAAAUAGCGCAAUUCUAUAUUUUCUCUCGGCAUACGUUGUUUGUUUUCUAACAAACGAUCUGACGGUGGGUGUUGUUUCAAAACUUAAAGAUGUUUUAAAAAUAA